AUGCGUGGAGAGGAGCUGAGGAAACGAGCUCUGCUUGCACGUGCUUUGGUUCGCACUACCAUUGCAAGAUAUCAGACAAAUCCUGAAGUUAAUCCCAGAUCCUUGAAGUUUAGGAAAAACAUCCAUGGAAAGCCUGAGGUAGACUGGCAGCACAGUGAUGAUUGGAACCCACCACCAUUGCAUUUCAAUUUGUCACACACUUCUUCAUUGAUAGCCUGUGGAGUGACCCUGGAUUCUCAAAUUGGUAUUGAUGUGGAAGAAAAGCAACGGAAAACAAAGAACAAUAUCUUGGCUUUUGCCCGGCGAUAUUUCUCUUGCUAUGAAGUGGAACUCUUAACUGCUAUUUCAGACCUGGAGGUUCAGCGCCAGGAGUUCAUAAAAUUAUGGACCCUUAAGGAAGCAUACGUCAAAGCACUGGGAAGAGGCUUCUCAGGUGCCCCUUUCAAGACCUUUGCUAUUCAGUUUAGGGCUACCAAGACAGGGAACUUGCAUCCGUCUGGUAAUCUAAAAUUUAUGGCCUCUGAAAUAGUUGUCGAGUCUUUUGAUGACUCUACCAUCCUUACAAGCAAUUGGCAGUUUGCACUCUUGGAAUUGGCAGGUUCUCAUUAUGCUGCCAUUUGCACGGAAAUGGAUGGUACCCCUGGCAAAUACAAGGCUCCAAUCAAAUUGACGGUUUGGAAGACUAUUCCACUUCUUGAAGACAAAUGCGUUUCUGGAACUGAUGCAGUUGUAGCAAUCGGUGGCUUGACCUAA